GAAAUCAUCGCGUCAAGCACAAUACAACGCAGAAGAAAAACGGCCGUUCGACCACCUCUGUCUGGCUGCAGUCAGACGUGUAAUGCAGUUCGGUCCGUGCAGAACGUGCCUUAAAACGCGGUGCUAAUCAAUAUCGGAGUGACCAUGAUGGAAGGAAUUCAAAGUGGUGUAGUCAAGUGCGGUGGGUAUCGGUACGACGACGGGACGCGCUACAUCGGAGACUGGAACCAACGUGGUCAGAAACAUGGCAUGGGCUCGAUGAUGUUCUCCGAUGGAACGCGCUACGACGGAGCCUUCAGCAACGGUGUCUGUUCAGGAUUGGGAGUGAUGUGUUUUCCCGAUGGUGCCAAAUACGAAGGCGAAUUCAUGCAGGGCUGGUUCCAUGGUCACGGGGUUUUCUGGCGAUCCGACGGCAUGAAGUACGAAGGUGAAUUCCGUGGUGGACGUAUUUGGGGCCUCGGUUUGAUCACGUUCAGUGAUCAAAGUCACGGAUUUCCACGGAACGAAGGAUUUUUCCAGGACUGCCGGCUGGUGCGUAAGAAGCGAUGUCCAGAGGUGAUUCAACGCGCCCAAAAAGUGGCUCUGAUGGCCAGAGCGCAGUGCGAUCAAGGGAACUGAAAGCCGGAAUUUCAACUCAAUUUCAAAAACAUGCCAUACGGUUUGGCGUACAUACGUCAGUGUACCAAUCGGAUGAA